AUGGAUGACGGAAAGUGUCAAGGCGGUUCUCCCUGCGAAUACUGUAUUCGAACCAAGAAAACAUGCCUCCCUCAGGUCAUACCAGCCGCCAAAGCGCAGUUCAUCAUCUCUACGCCCGACGAGCAGGCCUUGCAAGUUGUGGCAAAGGUUCCUGUCCAGGUCGACACGCACUUAGACACCCUCUACUUGGAUUACUUUGACCUCUUUUUGAAGCGCUGUCAGUUUACAGCAGACUUCAACAACUUGGGUGCCGACCUUCUGCCACUGAUCCAAACAUGCCUGCCGCUUGGACAGGUGACCAUGGCGAUUGGCGCCCUCGAAGCGAGCAGGUACGCGACGGUGAAGGCUUCUCAUGGGCGGCAGUCGCCUCAAAUCGCCGCCUUCUCAUCCUAUGGAGCCUCGACCAGGGCCCUCCAGGGGCUGCUGCAUUCACCAGACGCAUUACAUUGCGAAGGCGUCUUAUGGUGUACGUUGCUUCUCGGAAUGUUCGAGCUCAUGACUGAAAUGUCUGGGGACCGAUGGGCCAGACACAUGCUGUACGGUACGGCUAGGAUCAUCCAAGCUUCUGGGAUCACAGCCCCGUCUGGUCAGCUCGUCAAGACACUCUUUGCGGCAUUCAGGCCACUUGAGGCGCACCGUGCCAUUCUAUACGGCGAGUCAACAUUCCUGUCACAGGAUACAUGGAUCAGAUGUCGGCGCCAUCCUACUGCAAUUCUACCCAGCCCAGUGGACUGGAUCUUCGACCUUGUGGUUGAGAUGUCUUCCUUUAGCAAGACCUUCUUCGACCGCGUCGAGUCUAUCCCAGAGACACUACGACCUCAGCGUCCGGAGAUACACGUACUGGCUGAGGAAGGCCAAUGUUUUCAGCACAAACUCCAAAGCUGGCGCGACCAGACCACACCUCUCGUCGAUUACUCAGAACCAUACUGCAAACUUGCUAUAGUGAAUUACCACGCACUCCAGUUGUUUCUGUGCAUGAAUUAUACCUACUACACAUGUUGGGAAGACCUAGACAUCCCCUCAAUGACCUCGGCUCAGAUCGAGAUUCGCGUCAAUGCCGUGGUAGCUCUGUCCAGUCAAAUCCUCGAACACUCGAACCUACCGGGGGUAUUGUUACUGUUUCCUCUUCGAAUGGCGGGUGCCAACGCCGCGAAGUCUUCACAACGAGAUGAGGUAGUGAGGUUGCUCGAUAGAAUAUCACAAAAAGGAUUCGUAGUCGCAGAGAGAAUCAAGGUGGAUCUGAGGGAGCUAUGGGAAUAUCAGCAGCGUGUAGCAAACAGCGAGAUAUAA